ACACACGUACAGUAUACACACUGGACUCAGAAGGAGGUUUGUUUACUACAGCAGGAGCAGAAAAGAUGAAAUUAAUCCAUGACUGCACUCCUUGUCUCCUCCACCUGCUGCUAUUGGCUGAGCUGUUUGUCCAUACGUCAUCUCAUCCCGCCCACCGCUCCCCUCUCUGUGGCUUGUUUAGAUCAAUGAUCCAUCAGGUGCAGAGGUUGACAGAUUUAUCCAAAGAACUCCACGACUUGACAGAUGAUGAACUCAUAAACUUUGAGGCUGUGGAAAACAGACUGGACGGUCUUCCUGACGUGCAACACACUGCAGCUCAUUUCAACUCAUGGAAGAUGAACGAGUCACUCUCCCAGCUGUUUGUGGACACUCACUCCUUCAGGCUGCAUGUUGACUGGUUAAAAACAGCCAAAGAAAAUGUCAGUUUUUUCUCCCAGCCAGCGGAGGACACCAGCUCUCACCUCCUGCAGCUGUCCAACCUCAUGAAUGCAUCUCUUCACCAGAUCAGUGAAGAGGUUCCUCAGUCACCGUCUCCCUCCCUCCCUGUCGUCUCCACAGCCUUUGAUGUGCUCCAGUUCUCCAUUGAGAUCUCUGAACGGCUACAAGUCUUUUGUAGCUGGUCAAAAAGAAUUUUGAAGCAUCUCCAGAGAAGCAUCUGCCCUCGACCUUAAGCCUUCACCCUCAGCACAUAAGGAGCUGCUAAUGUCUUCCUACAAAACCACUGUUAACUUAUAUGAAUUUUACCCAGCGAGGGAUUUUAAACAUGGCAAUGUCAGUCUGUUGGUCCACCACUUUGGUCAAGACUGAAAUAUCUCAACAACUUUUGAAUGUUUUGGCCGUGGAUAUUGGUUCAGAUAUUUAUGGUGCCCGCUGAAUGCAUUUCCUUGAGUUUGGUGAUCCCUUGACUUCUCCUGUAGCGCCACUCACAGGUCAGUUUUCACUUAUCCAGUGAAAUAUUUCAACGUCUACAAGAUGGAUUGGCACAACAUUUGGUACAAUCCAUCAUGGUCUCCAGAAGAUGAAUCACUUUGGUGAUGCUUUUGACUUUACCUCUAGCGUCAUCACCAGGCCAACACUUCAAUUAGUCUAAAACUUUGGUUCAUGACCAUAAAUCUGCAAAGCUAAUGACAUUCCCAACAGUAUUAGGUUAUGUUUAGUGCUACUCAGCAAACAUAAGCAGCUAGCAUGCUUAUCUAAGAUGGUGAACAUUAUACCUGCUUAGCAUCAGUAUGUUAACAUUGUCAUUGUGAGCAAGCUGAUGUUAGCUACAAACUAAUGGGAAUAAUAAGAAUGUCAGGAGUCCAAUAAUAGAGUUGAAACUGUUUUGAUGCAAUAACAGCAAGAAGUUGAGUUCCAGAUGCAUCAAUUCAGCAGUAAAAGAAAAUGUAAGUUUAUCGCAUGUUCUUAAGAAAGUAUGUGUCUGUCUUAUUGUACAUGUUGGCGUAUUUAUACAGUGUUCAGAGGCACUCCCACCUGUGACUCUACUCUCUUUGAGACUGUUUACAUUCACAGUGCCUGAGCUAAAUGCAAGAAAAUGUUGUGGAACUAUUAAUAUUUGUCUAAUGUUGUUUUUCUAUUUAGGAUGCUAUUUAUGAACUUUUUAUAUUAUAGAGUGAGAUGCAGGCAUCUCACUUUUUUUCUAUGGGUUAUCUAUUAUGUAAUAUUUAAUAAUAUUAAUAAUAAAGUAUUGUCAUACAGUAGUGCCUUUUACAGUAUUAUUUAUACAUUUUGUAUGUUUUGUUUUUGUAAGUUUAACAUGAAGUCAUCAAUAAAGUUUUACACUUGA